AAGGUGGUUAAAAUUGAUAUAUUACAUAGGAUUGGUUGAUUAUGUUACAUAUUGGAUUGUAGAAUUAGAUUGAAGAUUACAAGUUCUUGAAGAAUAUAGGAUCCUAUUUUUCAUUAAAGAUAACAUUGAUAAUGAUUGUGCAUAAUAAAUAAUCAUAAUGAAUUAUUAAUGAAAAUAGUUUAAAUUAAAUGUAGCGUUUAUUAAUACAGAUUAUAAUCUUUCAUUGAUUGGGUUCUUCUGAUUUAUGUGAUGUUAAGAAUGUGUGUUUUUCUGUAAUUAUAAAUGUGCUAGGAAGUUUUUGACUUAACAUUGUAAUUGAGUUGUAGUGUGACUUCUCACCUUAAUCCCCAGAUAUGUGUAUAGAUGGAAGAUAAAUGGGAACUGAUUGAAGUUCUUGUGCUAACGCAGGAAGAUCUUACACUAAGCAUGUUGAAGAAUUGCAAGCAGUCACAGCCUGUCAUUAAGGCGAUUAUAGAAAGCACCACUGAUGAUGAAGGGAUGCUAUUUGAGGCUCUAUAUUUUCAUGAUGAGCUUGAGCAGGUGAUCUCCAAGUAUGAGCAAUUGGAAGCUGCUCAAAAGGCUGGAGAACAACAACCUGAAAACUCUGACCCCGUUAACUGUGAGGACUUGGAAGCUGCUCAAGAGCCUGGAGGAAAACUGCCUGGGAAUUCUGAUGCCUCUAAGAGUGAGUUAUAAGCUGCUCAAAGCCUUGGA